AUGGAUACAUCUGAUUUAAACUUACCAUCUUACAAAUAUCAGUUAGAACAAGUCGAAUUAGCGUUAAAAGCACAACCAGAUGAUCCAGAGCUACUUCGUUUGAAACAAGAUCUGGAGGAAGUUAUAAAUUUAACGGCAGAAUUAUUGGGUUGUGAUCCGUCGUUGAAUUUGGAAGAUACGUCGAAUAUUGAUACAUAUGCGGCAGCAGCAUCAUCUUCGGUCCAACAAUCAUCAACAACAGCUCACUCAUCGACUUCAUCAACUAGAUUACCAAUUAAAUGGAAAACGGGAGAUCGCUGCCUGGCUGCUUGGAAUGAAGAUGGAAAAUAUUAUGAGUGUACAAUUGAUGAUGUUUUAGAUGAUGGAACAUGUACAAUUGUUUACGAUGGAUUUGGUACAGCUGAAAUGACUGCUGUAUCCAAAUUAAAACCAUUUGAUCGUACACGCUCCACUAUGAGCGGACCAAAAUCAGCUGCUCAUCGAUUAAAAACAAAACGAGAAGUCGAAACAAGAUUACGCGAAUUAAAACGUAAAAAACAACAGAAGAAGCUUAUAAAGCUGAAAGAAUUAGAGGAAGAGCGGGAAAAAGAUAAAAAACGAUGGGUUGAUUUUAAUCAUAAGUUAACUGGGAAAACAUGGAAGGGCGUUGUAUCAAAAUCAAUGGUCAAGAAAAGCGAACCUGUCAAAGUAAAUGUCAGUGGUGUCACUGGUGGCUUUAUGACAAAAUAUAAACAAGCAGAUACGUCAACUAAUAGCAAAGGAACGAAAUCAACAAGAUCAAAUCAACAACGACCAUAG